GAGGCAGUCAGAAACCAGAGGGGUCCAGAGAAGUAAGGCGCACAGCUCACUUCUAAGGCGACGGAGGGAAUUUGCAAGCAGAGAAUACGUUCCAGCGUUGGUUCUCUGGGCACGCUGGCUUUUAUGGGGAGUGGUGUCAUCAUCAGCAGAUUGUCUGCGAUGGAACUCAAAGUGUCUGUGGACGGCCUCCCGCGUUUGGUUUGCGGCGUUACAGAGGAGACCACAAGCCAGGACGUGGUUACGGUGUUGGCUCAGGCAUUGGGCCAACCGGGACGUUACAUGCUACGGGAGUCCUACAAAGACUUCGAGAGGUGCAUGGCGCCCAACGAGCGCCCCCUGGAGACACUGAGGAAGUACGGGGAACACGCCAAGGAGGUCCGGCUGACGCUGCUCCACAGCGGACCUUGGCUCUGCGACCAAUUGAGCCGCGCCAAAGUGGGCCGCCACCAGAUGCGGCGGAAGGAGGCCGGCGCCAAAGCGUGGCGACGGAGCGGGUCGCUGAGUCUGCACCGGCAGAGUCUACCGCUGAGGCGAGAUGCCGAGCGCCACCAAGAGGACCUGAAGAGGCCCAAGAGAAAGUCUUUGACGCUAAUGGAGGAGGCUCGGGGCUGGUUGGAGAGUCUGGGGAAGACACGGGUUUAUAGCACCGCCGGUGACAAGAAGAACCGGUCUUUCCUGAGCGUCACUCUUUCCUCCGAGAAACGCCAAGCGGGAGGCCGCAGGAACACGUCCGACUUGGACCACCAAACGUCUUGCUGCAUGGGGAUUCAGCAGAAGAGCAAAGAGACUGAAAGUUACCAGCAGGAUGAGAAGAACCGCCUCCGAGGGACAGUCGUACGCCAGCUCGCUCGCAUUCAAGAGCUCCAGAGCCGCACGGCGGGUGUGGACCGGGAGAUCUCGGAGUUUGAGGAGCGAGCGCGGGCCCGACAAGAGCAGCAGAAGAUAAGUGAAGAUCAAGAAGAGCAGGUGAAGAUCUGGGAAAACGAACUGAAGGCGGAGGAAGGCUUCGAGAGGGAACUGCAGCACUUGUUCCUCGACACCAGGGCCAAAGUCGCAGACUGCAAGGCCAGACUGGAAAGUGCGGACUCCAAGAGCCAAGACUGUGCAGACCACAACCCGACAACAUCCCAGGACCACUAUGGUCUGGAUGAAAAUCUUGGCAGGCCCUCAGGAAACCUCUACUACCCUCCUCCUCCUCUGAUCAAGGAGCGGCGGCCCACUGGCCCCGCAGAGCUCAGAGAAUGGUGGACGCGCUGGUCUGCAAGCCAGAGGUCCACAAGUAGCAUGAAGAAGAUCCACCGCUCAGAACUCACCAUCUACUUGGCCGGCACCAAAGUCUGAUCAAGUCUUCUCCUUGUUCACUCUUGUUUCUGACACCUGGUGGAUCUGUCACGGAACCUCCACUCUUGUUUCUGACACAUGGUGGUGCUGUCAUGUCCACUCUGUUUCUGACACAUGGUGGAUCUGUCAUCAUACUUGCCAACCCACCUGAUUUUCCCAGGAGACUCCCGAAUUUCAGUGCCCCUCCCGAUAAUCUCCCAGGGCAGCAAUUCUCCCAUUUUCCACCCGGACAACAAUAUUGGGGGCAUGCCUUAAAGGCACUGCCUUUAGUGUCCUCUCACCUGAAAAGGAAACAAUUAUAUAUGUCUCUGUUAUCCAAAGGUUUAUCUGUAACCCAUAAAUAGGCAGGCACGCAGCUAUUUCUUAACGUGUGUUUAUUCCAGCCGGCACAUUAAUACACUGACACAGAACAUCCAGAUUCCCAUCAUGCAUUGCUUCAAAACUACGGCAAGUACUGAUGUCAAAAAACAUAACAGAGACGAAGCAGAAGAAUGAAGAAAAUACUUGGCGACAACGAGUAAGAAGAAGUACGCUUGCAAGUUCCAAAAUGAUUGGAAAAAAUAAUUUCAAUUCAUCCAGGACAGCUCGAAAGGGAAGGGGUUUGCUGCCUGCAAAUUUUGUAGAUCACACUUCUCCAUUGAACACGGUGGCCGAACGGAUAUACUAAUUCAUGAACGGAUUAUAUAAAUAAUCAGUAUAUAUAUAUAUAUAUAUAUACAUAUAUAUAUAUAUAUAUAUAUAUAUAUACAAACCCCGUUUCCAUAAGAGUUGGGAAAUUGUGUUAGAUGUAAAUAUAAACAGAAUACAAUGAUUUGCAAAUCAUUUUCAACCCAUAUUCAGCUGAAUAUGGUACAAAGACAACAUAUUUGAUGUUCAAACUGAUAAACAUUUCUUUUUGUGAAAAUAAUCAUUAACAUUAGAAUUUGAUGCCAGCAACACGUGACAAAGAAGUUGGGAAAGGUGGCAAUAAAUACUGAUAAAGUUGAGGAAUGCUCAUCAAACACUUAUAUGGAACAUCCCACAGGUGUGCAGGCAAAUUGGGAACACGUGGGUGCCAUGAUUGGGUAUAAAAGCAGCUUCCAUGAAAUGCUAAGUAAUUCACAACUAAAGAUGGGGUGAGGGUCACCACUUUGUAAGCAAAUUGUCGAACAGUUUUAGAACAUUUCUCAACGAGCUAUUGCAAGGAAUUUAGGGAUUUUACCAUCUACGGUCCUUAAAAUCAUCAAAAAGUUCAGAGAAUCUGGAGAAAUCACUGCACGUAAGCGAUGAUAUUACGGACUUUUGACCCCUCAGGCGGUACUGCAUCAAAAACCGACAUCAGUGUGUAAAGGAUAUCACCACAUGUGCUCAGGAACACUUCAUAAAACCACUGUCAGUAACUACAGUUGGUCGCUACAUCUGUAAGUGCAAGUUAAAACUCUAUUAUGCAAAGCAAAACCCAUUUAUCAACAAUAUUCUGAAACGCCGCCGGCUUGGCUGGGCCCGAGAUUACCUAAGAUGGACUGAUGCAAAGUGGAAAGGUGUUCUGUGGUCUGACGAGUGCACAUUUCAAAUUAUAUUUGGAAACAGAGGACGUGUUGUCCUCUAGAACAAAGAGGAAAAUAACCAUUCGGAUUGCUAUAGGCGCAAAGUUCAAAAGCCAGCAUCUGUGGCUUAUAUGGGGGUGUAUUAGUGCCCAAGGCAUGGGUAACUUACACAUCUGAGAAGGCACCAUUAAUGCUGAAAGGUCCAUACAGGUUUUGGAGCAACAUAUGUUGUCAUCCAAGAAACGUUAUCAUGAACGCUCCUACGUAUUUCAGCAAGACAAGUGUUACAACAGCGUGGCUUCGUAAAAAAGAGUGCGGGUACUUUCCUGGCCUGGCUGCAGUCCAGACCUGUCUCCCAUCGAAAAUGUGUGGCGCGUUAUGAAGCGUAAAAUACGACAGCGGAGACCCCGGACUGUUGAAUGACUGAAGCUCUACAUAAAGCAAGAAUGGGAAAGAAUUCCACUUUCAAAGCUUCAACAAUUAAUUUCCUCAAUUCCAAAACGUUGGAGUGUUGUUAAAAGAAAAGGUGAUGUAACACAAUGGUGAACAUGUCCUUUCCCAACUACUUUGGCAUGUGUUGCAGCCAUGAAAUUCUAAGUUAAUUAUUAUUUGCAAAAAAAAAAUGACGUUUAUGACUUUGAACAUCAAUUAUCUUGUAUUUGUGGUGCAUUCAAUUGAAUAUGGGUUGAAAAGGAUUUGCAAAUCAUUGUAUUCUGUUUAUAUUUACAUCUAACACAAUUUCCCAACUCAUAUGGAAACAGGGUUUAUAUAUGUAUAUAUAUAUAUAUAUAUAUGUAUAAGGAAAUACUUUAAAAUGUAUACAACCCGCGCCCAAUCUCCCGAAUUCAGAGGUCUUAAGGUUGGCAAGUAUGUCUGUCAUGGAACCUCCACUCUGUUUCUGACACAUUGUGGAUCUGUGAUGGAACCACCACUCUGUUUCUGACACCUGGUGAAUCUGUCAUGGAACCUCCACUCUGUUUCUGACACAUUGUGGAUCUGUGAUGGAACCACCACUCUGUUUCUGACACCUGGUGAAUCUGUUAUGGAACCUCCACCCCGUUUCUGACACAUGGUGGAUCUCUCAUGGAACCACCACUCUUUUUCUGACACAUGGUGGAUUUGUCAUGAAACCUCCCCUGUUUCUGACACAUGAUGGAUCCGUCAUGGAACCUCCACCCACUCCUGUGGGUCAACUUCAAACUUCUGAAUUCAUUUUCUGAAACUUGGUACACAUUUUUUGAGGAGUUUUUUUUGGUUGCAUCCACGUUUGAAAAUUGACAAAAUGAAUUUAAAACUCUUCUCUUUGAAAAUAGUCAGCAGUUAAAACUAAAAUCAAAAGCAUUCAUAAAAUUAGGCAAAUACAAGUUGAAACUAAAAUUAAAAGCACUCCUAAAAUUUGGCAAAUAGUUUAAAAAAUAAAAAUACUCACCUUUAUAAAAUGUGGCAAAAUAAAACUAAAAUGAAAGUUCUCACCCUUUGUACAUAUGCAUCCAAUAAAACUUGUGCUUUUACUUUUUUACAUUUUGUCAGUCUUUUAGGGGUUUACUUUUUAUUUAAUUUUGUUAAAAUGAUCACAAAACUCCCCGAAGAUAGACAAAAUGAAAGCAGUCAAGUGUUUGUUGAAUUAAAAGCACUCACCUUUGGAAGGUAAACAAAAUAAAUGUUCACACUUUGAAGGUAAACAAAAUUAAACAAAAAAUAAAAGCCAUUACCCUCUGGAAGGUAGACAAUAAAUAAACUGACCCUUUUAAAAUAGACAAAAUAUAAGUCUUUAAAUUCGGUAAAUCGGUAGAAAAAAUAAAACCAAGUAAAAAUAAAACAAAAGUACUCCCCUGCACUCACCAUUUAAAUAUAGACGAAAUAUAAACAAAACAUAAGUUUUCAAAUUGAAGGUAGACAAAGUAAAACUAAGUAAAAUAAAACAAAAGUACUCACACUUUGAAGAGACAAUAUGAAAAUUAAAAGGGUAAACAAAGUAAUAUACUCUGACUUUGAUGGGGCAAAAUAAAACUACACAACUAAAACCCUAAGGAGACAAAAGUAAAAACAGUCACCCUUUGAAGAUACGCAAAAUAAAAAAUAUAGCAGCCACCCUUUGAAGAUAAAAGUAAAAUCAGUCACUUUAUCUUCACAAAAUAAAGUAAAAGCAGUAAAUCUUUGAAGAUACACAAAAUAAUAAAAGCAGUCACCGUUUGAAGAUGUACAAAAGUAAAAGCAGUCACUCUUUGAAGGUAAACAAAAUAAAGUAAAUCCUUGCCUCACCCAGUUUGACAAAAUGACAUUUGAAAAAAAUACAAUGACAUAAUUGUUAGAGCAUAUUUAAUAUUUGUGCUUUUAGCUGUGAACCUGUUUACAUUAUUUAAUGUCAUAUACAUGGGUAAAAGUACUAAUUUUACUAUUUCAUAUAAUACAAGUUUCUUUUAAAUCAACUUUAAUAAAUAUAUUGUUUUUUUUUAUGUCUAUUGUCGUGUGAGGUUGUAAUUAUAUAUGAAUGUGUAUCAAUAUACUGAAUUGUUGUUUAUUAGUAGGUUUAUGAAAGAGUAUAAUGAAUGCUUUGGUAGUAAUUCUGUACUUAUAUUGGUUAUCAUUAAAAUAGUACAGCAUUUUAACUAUUAUGAUUAAAAUAGUACAGUCAAUUAUUACUGUAUAUUGUUUCUUAAUUUUUUUGUUUAAAUCCUGUGCUUUUUGCAGUUUCCAACCUAGAGGGUGCUAACUUUACAAUUUCAGUUGAGGACUAUGGAGGGGGACAUUUUGAAAUAAGAUGUAUAUUCUUUGUUCUGGUUGAUAGUCCUCAGUUACAGAAUGUUUAGCAGACCUAAUGUUUUAUUAAUAGUGAAGGUAAAAAACAUUGUCAUGCAGGAAUAUGCAUACCAUACAUGUACAGACUAUAGAUGUUCGGGUAGAAAUAUCACAGAUUACAUAACCAAACAUCUUUUAAGAUCAUAAUCUACAUUUAGUGUUGACGCGUGACCAGGGACGUCACUAGGCAUAAGCCCCCUAAAUAAUUUUGCGUUAUAUUUUAUUUUUUCUUAUUUUAUUUUUUUUACAAAUACAUGCCAAAAUAUUAAUUUUAAAGUGGCCCGAAUAAGAGUUUAAAAUAAAUAAUCAUAUAACCUCUCAUUAUUCACUCAGUUUCCCCUCACUUCAUAGCGUAAGGCAGCGAGCCCCUUCAGUGCGUCGGUAUCCAAUCCAUUCUUGUUCAUUAGAAAAUGCCCACAUCACUCAAAUCCAAUCCACAUUUUCUCUGCAACCUUGCUUGCGGUCCUGCAGGUAUGCAGCUUUGAAGAACGCAGCGCUGCAGAACAAACACGUGAACAGAUGCAAAGUGGACAUAAGAAACUUUUUCAAGAAAGUAAGUAUUCAUCACUGCUUGCAGAGGUGUGGACUAGCAUCACAUGACUUCGACUUGAGUCAUGAAUUUGAUGACUUUAGACUGGACUUGACAAAAUGUAAAAAGACUUGCAACUCGACUUAGACUUUAACAUCAAUCACUUGUGACUUCACUUGGACUUGGGCCUUUUGACUUGACAUGAUUUGCAAAUUUCCCCAAAACCCAACAAUUAAAAAGUUAUUCAGGA